AUGUUAUCUCUUCAGUUGAUGCUUCUUCUCAGCCACUUCAAACCUCUGAAGAUUACUGAACCAAGACCACUUAUUCUUGAGAUUUCAUUAAAGGCACGACCAACAAAGAUAAAGAGCUCACCGAAACAGGAACUGGAGCUGGCAGAAUUUGAAAAGAUUCCAAAGUUUAAAGCCAGUCCACUCAACAAAAAGAUUAUUGAAAGUAAGGGAGAUCUCAGAUUACUUUGUCAGUCCAAAUCACAAAUUACUAUUACACAAGAGUUCCAUUUUGCUAUAAAUGAUAGGUUGGGCCUUCCACCUUCAACUAUGAUGAUAGAGAACUUUGACAGAGAAAGUAUAUAUGAGAAAUUUGUUAGCUUUGUAUUUUCACUUCAUUCUGACUCUUCUCAUCAUACCCAACAAGGCAUUCCCAAAAUCACAAAAACAAAUCCUUUCCAUCUGCAUAUAGAGGAGAGAGGACUUGAGAAAGAGAAACUAUUUACACUUCAAAUCUUACAAAAGCAAUUGGAAGAAGAGAAAGCUAGGAUUCCCAAGGCGAAUCAUUAUCCUUAUAUUACAGAUUAUCCUAUUAUGCCACCAAAACCUCUGCCAAAACAAAGCACAAAGCGAAAGGCUUUCCACUUGGAUAGCCUUAUCAGACAAGAAGAGGAGAUGAACAAAAUGAGCGAAGAGAGGGAAAGGAUGGAAAGGGAGGAGGCAGAGAGAAGAAUAUUCAUACCACAUCCUAUAAUAAAAGAGCAUCCAAUUCCACUUCCAAAAAGAAAAAGAAAGCCUCUCACAUAUGUACUGGAGUUUGUUUUUCAUGUGGAUCAUAGGGCUGUGGAAAGAUUUGAAUUUGGUAAGAAGGUAAGAGAAUAUGGAGAGUAUUAUAAUUCACAUGGGUGAGGUGUGUUUUUGAGCUAAAAUCUUCUAUGCUUAUCUUCAUAAAAGAAAUAAAAUGCGUAAGUAUUUCUGAAAUUCAGCUCAAAGAGCAGCACACAAUAAAGCUUACAAGCAACACUCAAAAGAAAUAAAUGGAAUUAUCCUUAUGAAUUCUAAAAUUAUGAUAGACGAUGAAAGUGGAAGAAUUUACCAUCAAAAGAUUAGGGAGGAGCGGGAGAAUUUAAAGAUGAUAAGAGAAUAUUUACAGUAUUAUUAUUCACAUGGGUGAGGUGUGUUUUUGAGCUAAAAUCUUCUAAUCUUAUCUUCAUAAAAGAAAUAAAAUGCAUAAGUAUUUCUAAAAUUCAUCUCAAAGAGCACCACCCAAUAAAGCUUACAAGCAACACUCUAAAAAAAUAAAUGAGAUUAUCUUUCUGAAUUCUAAAAUUAUGAUUGCAGAUGAAAGAGAAAGAAUUGACUGAUAAAAGAAUUAGGGAGGAGCAAGAGAAUUUAAAGAUGGUAAAACCUAAACAUUGCAUUGUUUAUUUAUUAUUAAUUACAUUGAGCGCUUCUCAUAAUCUUUAUUUUUGAAAAAAAAAACAAUGAAGAAGAAAAAGAAAUCAAACAGAAGAGAAGAACAAUGGUGCCACAUGUGAGACCUAUUCCCAAAUUUGACAAUCCAUUCCACCCCUAAAAGUCAACAAAGGAAAAAAUAAAACCCAAGUCACCAAAGCUGCUUGUUAAGCAAAGAUAAAUGAAGAAUGCAUUUCACUAGAGAUGAUAUUUUAGUUAAUGCCCAUUCAAGACUUUUUGAAUCUACAUUGAAAGAGACAAUUACUAGUUAACUAUAUCUGUUAUUUGUUUUUCUUCAAACAGUCGACCUAUUCUAAUAAUAGAAGUAUUGUAGCAAAGUAUCUUUUCUUGAUUAACUCAAUUCAUUGUCAUGAUUUUAAUGAAGGAUGUUUUUGACUCCAAGCCAGAGCUUUUAUGCUUAAAUA